GCGCUGCCAUUUAUAUUAUUCUGAGCGAUCCGCAUUAUAAGCAAUAACACACAAACAUAUUACGGUACUUAGUAUGUACUGUUUAAGUCUGUAAGCCACGGUACUGUUUCAUUUAUUGGAUGAUUAAGUGAAUGAAAAUUGAAACAAUAUAACUCGACUUUCAGCAUAGCCAGUUGCAUACUUUAAGGGAUUAGACACCAGAUGGUACAAUUGCAAGAAAAGGUCAAAUUCGAAACCACACCAUCCCAGUCGGCAAAAAUGGAUGCUCAAAAGUCAGGUGACGAAUCUUCACCCAAAAAGGCUCGUUUGAACGAAGAUUAUUCUAAAUGGGAUGCAGGGACCCUUGAAGAAGAGCUCAAAGAGAAGGGUUUCGAUGAUGUUGCUGAGCUCUUUCAACCAAAAAAGAAAGCAGGCAAUACUUUGAAACGGAUUGAAGAGUUUAUUGAGACAAUAAAGACACGACGUUUGCCUUUGAAGGGCCAAAAGGUGUUCAAUGAUCCAAUACAUGGACUAAUCGAACUCCAUCCACUGUGUGUGAAGAUCAUAGACACACCGGAAUUCCAGCGCCUUCGAUUCCUGAAGCAACUUGGGACUGCUUACUUUGUGUAUCCUGGUGCGUCUCACAACCGAUUCGAGCAUAGUUUAGGGGUUUGUCAUUUAGCCGGAAGAUUGGUUCGUGCCAUUAAAAGCAGACAACCCGACCUUGGCAUAACAGAUAAAGACGUUCUUUGUGUUGAAAUAGCUGGGCUCUGCCACGACCUUGGCCAUGGACCAUUUUCCCAUCUGUUUGAUAGGGAGUUUAUACCAAAAGUUCCUCCAGGGACCCCAUGGGAGCACGAACAAGCGUCCAUAGCUUUACUGGACUACAUGAUUGAAAAAAGAAAUUUAGAUUCUGAGUUCGAGAAAUAUGAUAUCACAGAAUUUGACAUAACAUUUAUCAAGGAGCAAAUUCGGCCUGAAAUGAAGGAAAAUUAUGAUGAUGGAAAGUUCAAGGGAAGACCUGACAAACCGUUCCUGUAUGAGAUUGUUGCCAACAAGCGGAACGGCAUUGAUGUUGACAAGUGGGAUUACUUUGCCCGUGAUUGCUACAUGCUUGGAAUUCAGAACAACUUUGACCACAACAGAUGUAUCCACUUUGCCCGGGUUUUGGAUGCGAAGGGAGAUUCGGAUGAGAUGGAGAAACAGAUUUGUACCAGGGAAAAGGAGGCUGGACACCUGUAUGACAUGUUCUACACCCGAUAUAUGCUGUAAUGCCGGGCCUAUAAGCACAAGACUGUUUCAAGCAUCGACUUCAUGGUUACAGAGGCGCUUAUCGAAGCAAACGAUUGCAUCACGUUUACCGGUAAAAAUGGUGAAGAAAAGAAAAUGUCACAGGCCAUUGAUGACAUGGAAGCCUACAGUAAGAUGACUGACCAAGUGAUGCUUCAUGAUUAUCAACAUGAACGACAGAUAACCUACCAACAUCCAAAAAUUCAGAUGGCACUGUUGACAUGGUGGAUUUAAGUGAGAAAAAGAAGAAGCUCGCAAAAUCGAAAGAGAUUCUGAACAAUGUCAUGUCCCGCAACUUUACGUACAAAUUACACAACGCAAGAGGUGUCUGAAAGGGACAUCAAGGAGAAAGAGGAAGACAUAAAAAAGGCAGUUAAAGUGGAAAUAGAAAAGACGAAUCCUGAUCACCAAAAUUUUGAUGUUGCCGGUAUUAAAGUUCAGAUUGUUAAGCUGGAUUACGGGCAAAAAGAAAAGAAUCCCAUGAACAAAUUGAUGUUUUAUAGCAAAACGGAUCUUGACACAGCCGUUCAAAUUAAGAAAGAGCAGGU